AUGGGCGGGUGUCAAAGUAAAAAGGAGGAAGCAAAGAAGCUGAAGGCUUGUUGUGCUUGCCCGGAAACGAAGAAGGCUCGAGACGAAUGUAUAACUCAGAAUGGAGAGGCAAAAUGCGGUUAUUUGAUAGAAGCUCACAAGAAAUGCUUGCGUGACCACGGGUUUGAAAUGGUACUUGGAAAAGAUGAGCUUUUGCAACUUCAAGUGAGGCAGAAAGAGGUGAUAAAGAUUGAUGCAGCAAUUAAACGUCAGAUUGAAGAACUGCGGUUCGUUGUUUUAAAUUUCAGUUCACAUUUUCGUCUGCUGAGAGCAUUGGAGGAACCAACAACGAAGGAAGUUGCUGGUAGAAGUCGGGAAAUAAAAAAAACGUUGGGAAAACUUGAGGGACAAAUUAGUGAGCUUGAAAAGUUUUCCAGCAAAGUACGAGUAGCAACACUUGGUGAGAAACAGGAGUUGUAUGAUCAGAUAAAAGAACACCGAAAUGAAGCAGAAAGGAACAAAAAAACCUUUCGUCAAACCUUGGUUUAUCUGAAGAAUAUAAUGGAUGAACAAGAUCGGAGUUUUCUCUUCAAAAGCGGAACAUCGCGCGAGGAAGAAAUUGAACUUCGAAACAGGAUGAAAAGGUUGGAAAAUAUUAAAAAAGAUGCUUUCCAGGCGACUGAAUCGCUAUCAAACUUAGUGUCCAAAAUGAGUGAUCAAGUGAAACUUUCGGAGGAAACCACCUCUAAUCUUCUUCACUCAUCAUCUGUCUUAAAAGGCACUGAAUCUGAGUUCGACUCGAUGCGCGCCCACAUAACUAGUGGCGGAAAGUUAAUAUCAAAGUAUGGGCGUAGAGAAAAUACCGACAGGAUACUUCUGGGAAUUGCCCUUAUAGUCUAUUUUGCUGUUAUUUUGAAGAAGAUGGCGUCAAAAUUGGAGUUACGUAGUGAACUGGUUGAAUUACUUAGAACGAAUAAAGCAGAGGAAGCGAAGCGUUUACUUCAGAGAGAUGAAAGUUUAACAUUCAGUAAGGACGAUAGUGGAAGGACUGCUAUUCACUGGGCAGCUGCUGGCGGAUGCCUAGAAAUCGUCGAGUUUUGUGUUUCGUUACGUGAAGAAAGCGCUGCUUCUGAAGACGAUAUAGGCUGGACUCCAAUUAUGAUUGCAUGCUCAGCUGGACGGUUAGAAGUUGUUAAAUACCUCGUUAAACUCCCAUAUGUUAAUGUCAAUAGUGCCAACUGUAAUGGCCAAACAGCCUUACACUACGCUUCAAGUCGAAAUCAUCCCCAGAUCACUUCAAUUCUUCUUAAGAAUGGUGCGAAUGUGAACGCCCAAGACAAGUUUCGUGCUACUCCGCUUCAUCGAGCAGCUUCACAAGGGCAUGAAAAAGUUGUUUCAGUUCUUUUGAGCGCACCAGGAAUUCAGAUUGACCUUACCGAUUCGUCAGGUUGUUCGGCCUUACUAGCCAUCUGGGAGUUAGAAAAAUGCGAAGAAACUAAUUUCAGGCAUUUGGCAGUUGAAGAAGGUAGGGAAGAUAUAGCUAUAUUGCUAGUGAAGAAAGGAGCAGAUCUUUAUAUGGAAAAUAAAGAGAAGAAAACUCCUAUUUCGCUGGCCGGGAAUGGAGAAUUACGGAAAAAGUUGGUUGGUGCUGGCAAUUGGGUGUCUUCAGGCUAG